CACUGCCUCUAAAAUGAAUCUCUCUGGGGAGAGAGAGGAGGAGACCACUGCCUCUAAAAUGACUCAAGACACCAGUUCUAAGAGUGUCCAGAAGCCCAGAGCAGAGUCACCUGCCCCCAGCCUGCUAUCAAUGAAGAGUGAUCAGCCACCUGCUUUCAGCCAGGAACCAUUACCAGAUGACAAUAAGGAAGUGGAGAGUUUGGACAGUGAGGAUGCAUUAAAGAUCACACACAACCUUCUGGACAGAAGAAGUCAAACUCUUCUGACAGUCCAACAAGACAUUAAGGCUAAACUGAAACACAAGUAUCAACACAUAUCUGAAGGAAUUGGACACCAUGGAAACCAAAGUCUGUUAAAGGACAUCUACACAGAGCUCUACAUCACAGAGGGUGGAAGUGGAGGGGUCAAUAAUGAACAUGAGGUGAGACAGAUAGAGAUGGCAUCCAAGAAACAAACCACACAAGAGACACCAAUCAAAUGCAACGACAUCUUCAAGCCUUUAGCUGGACAAGACAAACCUAUCAGAACUGUGCUGACAAAAGGAAUCGCUGGCAUUGGAAAAACAGUCUCUGUGCAGAAGGUCAUCCUUGACUGGGCAGAGGGAAAAGCAAAUCAGGACGUUCAUUUCAUGUUUCCUCUUCCUUUCCGUGAUCUGAACCUGAAAAAGGACCAAUACAGUCUGAUGCAACUUCUUUCCCACUACUUCUCAGAGCUGAAAGAGAUUGACAACAUUGAAGAUGGGGAAACCAAAACUGUUUUCAUUUUUGAUGGUCUGGAUGAGUGUCGACUUCCUCUAGACUUCAAAAACAAUGAGAGGUGCUGUGAUGUCACGAAGCCAACCUCAGUGGACGUGCUGCUGACAAACCUCAUCAAGGGGAAUCUGCUUCCCUCUGCUCUCCUCUGGAUAACCUCACGGCCUGCAGCAGCCAAUCAGAUCCCUCCUGAGUGUGUUGACCAGGUGACAGAGGUACGAGGGUUCAAUGAUCCACAGAAGGAGGAGUACUUCAGGAAGAAAAUCACAGAUCAGAAUCUGGCCAAUGAAAUCAUCACCCACAUAAAAACAUCAAGGAGCCUCCACAUCAUGUGCCACAUGCCAGUCUUCUGUUGGAUAUCAGCCACUGUCCUUGAGAUGAUGCUGAAAGAGGCAGAGAAGGAUGAAGUCCCCAAAACUCUGACCCAGAUGUUCACACACUUCACGCUCAUCCAAAUCAUUGUGAAGAACAAGAAGUACAACAAAGCCACAGAGACAAACCCAAAGGAACUGUCUCAGUCAGACAAAGAGAUGAUCCUGAAACUGGCAGAGCUGGCUUUCCAACAGCUGCAGAAGGGCAACCUGAUCUUCUAUGAGGAGGACCUGAGAGAGUGUGGCCUUGAUGUCACAGAGGCAUCAGAGUACUCAGCAUUGUGUACAGAGAUCUUUAAAGAAGAAUCUGGGCUGAACCAAGAGAAGGUCUACAGCUUUGUGCAUCUGAGCAUUCAGGAGUUUCUAGCAGCAGUGCAUGCUUCAGAUCCAACCCUACUCCAAAAUGUCAUCACACAACAGUACAGAGACAAGAAGUCAGACCCGUUGUAUGACUUAUACAGGAGAGCAGUGGACCAGGCCUUGGAGAGUGAGAAUGGACACCUGGACCUGUUCCUCCGCUUCCUUCUGGGCCUCUCACUGGAGUCCAAUCAGAAUCUGUUACGAGGCCUUCUGACACAGACAGGAAGUACAACACAGAGCAAUGAGGAAACAGUCGAGAGAACAGUCAGGUACCUUUCAGACAAGAUCAAAUGGGAAUCCUCACCAGAAAGGAUCAUCAACUUGUUCCACUGUCUGAAUGAACUUGGUGCCAACUCUCUAGUUGAAGAAAUGCAAACCUCCCUGCGAUCAGGAACUCUUUCAGAAACAAGACUAAAACCUGACCAAUGUUCAGCCCUGGCCUACCUGUUACUGAUGUCAGAGGAGGUGCUGGAGGAGUUUGACCUGAAGACAUACACCACAUCAGAGACAGGUUAUCAGAGGUUGCUGCCGGUAGUGAAAACCUGCAAGAGAGCACUACUGGCUGGCUGUAAACUCACAUAUGAAUCCUGUGAGACUCUGGCUUCAGCUCUGCAGACACCAAACUCCCCCCUGAGAGAACUGGACCUCCGCUACAAUGACCUGGGAGACAGAGGAGUGAAGCUGCUCUGUGUUGGACUAACCAGUCCACUCUGCAACAUACAGACACUAGUGCUGUCUGGCUGUCUGGUCACAGAGGAGGGCUGUGCUGCUCUGUCUUCAGCUCUGAGGUCAAACCCCUCCCACCUGAAAGAGCUGGACCUGAGCUACAAUCACCCAGGAGACUCUGCAGGGGGACUGCUUUCAGCUGCUCUGGUGGAUCCCACAGAUAAACUGAUGAAGCUGAAUGUGGAUCAUGGUGGAGAGUUCAGGCUGAAACCAGGGCUGAGGAAAUAUGCCUAUCAUCUCACCCUGGACCCAAAUACAGCAAACCCAGUCCUGAUACUGUCUGAGGGGAACAGAAAGGUGACACGGGUGGAGGAGAAGCAGCAUUAUGAAGACCAUCCAGACAGAUUUGACCAUCAUCCCCAAGUUCUCUGCAGAGAAGUCUUAUCUGGAUCUCGUUAUUACUGGGAGGUGGAGAGGGAUGGUGGCGGGGCUGACAUUGGUGUGGUGUACAAAGGAAUGAAGAGGAAGGGAGAGAUGGACAGUAGGAUUGGAUACAAUAGGAAGUCCUGGAGUUUAUUCUGCUCUGACAGUGGUUAUGACUUUUACCAUGCUAGAGUCUGCAGAUCCAUCCCUGGUCCUGUUUCUAACAGAGUUGGAGUGUAUCUGGACUGGCCAGCUGGUACUUUGUCCUUCUAUAGUGUGUCCUCCUCUGGUACACUGACACACCUUUACACAGAACACACCACAUUCACUGAACCCCUCUAUCCUGGGUUUGGGUUUGGGGUUUAUUCCUCCUCCUCAGUGACCCUGUGUCAGAUAGAUGACCAACACAUUCAAAGCAGAGACCAUGGUGGAGAGUGUUGUAUCAAGCCUGGACCUGAGAAAUGGAUUCCUCAGAGCUGUAAGACUUGUGACCAUGUUGAGGACUCCACACACUGGCUUCAGAUUGAACCCUUGACUUCCACUGUCCAGGGAGUGAAAAUGUUCAGGCACAGGACACCCAAGGGGCGUUAUGAGUGCACAGUGUCUGGGCUCCGCUGGGUGUGUGACAGAGAUGUCAUUCUGAAGUAUCACUUCAGGAACUGGGAACCCUACAGUCAACUUCUGAAAGACAUGCAGUACGGACAAGGUGGUCCAUUGCUGGACAUCACUAUGGAGUUAGGUGAACUGGAGGAAGUUCAUCUGCCACACUUUGUCUGUUUAGGGACCAACCCUUCCCUGAGGAAUGAGAUGAAGAUUCUUCAUGUAGAGGAACAUGGAGUGUCUGUUGAGGAAGUGCAUGAGGUCACCAGAUUCCAUGCCAAAAUUCUCCAUCCCAAGUUCUCAGUUAUCUCUGUUAUACUGAGCUAUAUCUUUUGGCGGAACAUAGAUGUCCACUGUGAGCUGAUGCUCUAUCUGUCAGUGAAAAAGCAAACACUAAUUCCACGCCUAUACCUGUUCCCCAGUAACCCCAGCCAAAUACAGGCUGUGAAACAACAGGAAAAGUCUGAAGGGUCUUCAAGGGUUCUCAUCUCAAGACCGGAGCAGGCCUUCAAACUGAAUAGUUACUUCAGGCUGAACAUUCCCUGUUCUACCGCCAUCAAUCCACCGAAGAUUCAUCUCAUACAUAGAGACUCCACACCAAGCUUUUUCAGGGCGGUUGUGAAAAUGACAGGGGUUAACAUUGAGAUGGAGUUAUUCGAUGAUGAUGAGAGGAUUGCAUGGAAAGAAGUGGUAUCACAAGAUGAAUACAUCACUGCCACCCAUUCAACAAGUGCUGUGUUGGGGGCAGGGCGUCCGGCUGAGAGCAGUCUGACUGGUUCUACAGAGCAUCAGCUGCGUUCUGUACGGACAGAGUUUGUGAGACGAGUGUCAGGACCUGUCCUGGAAGGUCUGCUGGACGGACUCCUGCAACACACAGUCAUCAACCAGGAGGAAAUGGAGUCAGUAAAGGUGAUAGCUGAGAGGGCAGAGAAGGCACGUGACAUCAUCGACAUGGUGUUGAGAAAAGGAACUGAGUCAUGUUCCAGGAUGAUCAACCUUCUUGGGGAGCUGGACCCCUGUCUUUGGUCACAGCUUCAGAACAACAGUGUUGGGGUACCAACCUAAUGGAUAGUAACAGUGUUGGGGUACCAACCUAAUGGAUAGUAACAGUGUUGGGGUACCAUCAUAAUGGUAGAAUGGAUAGUAACAGUGUUGGGGUACCAACCUAAUGGUAGAAUGGGAUAGUAACAGUGUUGGGGUACCAACCUAAUGGUAGAAUGGAUAGUAACAGUGUUGGGGUACCAACCUAAUGGUAGAAUGGAUAGUAACAGUGUUGGGGUACCAACUAAUGAUAUGCGGGUUGAGUCAUAAUCUGCAGUCCCUGCGGUUAAUUCCGCGGGUUGGGCGGGUUAAGGGUCAUGAAAUACUGGGUGGAUGAAAGGCGGGUUGAAUAAAGAGAAAAGAAAUACCUUUUAAAAAAUCCAUAAAUGUAUAAUUCUUGUGCAAUUUCUAUCUAUAGGCUCCAUUUGAGGUUUUCCUUUCAUUAUUUUAGGCUGUCUGGCGUUAGUGUGUCAGCCUGAGCUUUAGUGUCUAACUGUACUUGGGCCAAAUGCUUUUGGGAACGGUAAAAAAACAAAAAACAAAAAAGAUGUUCAGAUGGGUUAAAUUAAAUUUUAAAAAUGCUGGCACCCCCUUUCAAAACAUAGUUCCUCCGUCUCUGCCUACAGCUCUACAGCUCAUGUUCUAUAGUAGCUGGUGCGGUGUGUGUAACGGCUGUUGAAGUACUUUGGGAAUUUCACCAGGUUCAUAUAUUAAUAUAGCAUGUUGAUGUGUUAUUAUGCGUGUCUGCAUCCUGGCAAUAGGAGAGUGUGUGCUUACGUUUCACCCUGUCGUCUUGAGAAAAGUUUACAUUCCUUUUUUAAGCACAAAGUCAUACAACACAGUGUUUUGUUCAUGAAUAAUGUUGUAUAUUUAGAGUUGACUCAUACAGUGGGAUGGUAUUGGUAAGAUGUCAUUGUACUUUUUAGGAUGAUGUUAACAUUGUGAAUUCAACAUGUGGUUACUAGCUAGCUAAGGUAUUGUAUGUGUGAACGAUGGCUAGCUCCUCCA